UGUGCCACCGUGCUGCCCAUGUACUUUCAGUUUAAACCUGUUGAACUAUAAUCUGGUGUUGUAUAAUUUUUAACUUGGUUACUUGCGAUAGGCCUCCUCCCACCUACACUUCAACUUGUGCCACGUAAGUAUCCUGCUCGAAAAAUUGCACAGUAAAAGUGAUGGUCAUGGGCGCGGUAGCAGAGCUGGUCGAACAGAGCUCAUUGCAACAGCUGGUAGUAGAGAAAGCACUGCUUUCGAGCUUAAUAGCAAGUAAACCACGCCUCUCGGAUACAUCUGAUUUUAGCAAGGUUUAUAAUCGAACCUCUGGAGCAGUGGCGAUUUUUUAAUGUUGCUCACAAGAGUGACUCGAUGCGCAUUAAUUAUGCGCAGACGCUUGUGCCAGCGGCUGUCUUUGGCUCUUUCCGUGGCCAUCCUGCUAAGCUUUUACAAAUCUGUGCAAGACAUUCCUCAGAUCAUUCUUCCACAUCCUUUACAGAAAAGAAUCGGAGUCAGUAAAACUCCUCCGACCGUGACUGUGCUCAUCUGGUGGUAUCCAUUCGGUAAGAAAACCAAUAUCCGGGACUGUAAUACUCUGUUCAAGAUCAGCGGCUGUCGGUUAACAACAAAUCGGCAACUCUACCCCGUUUCGCAGGCUGUGAUCAUCCAUCACCGAGAUUUAACAGGAAAUGGAAGCCAGCUCCCUGCAGAGCGGAGACCGUCUUUCCAGAGGUGGGUUUGGAUGAAUUUCGAGUCUCCCACUCACUCCUCAGGUCUAGAAAAACUUAAUGGCGUCUUUAAUUGGACUAUGUCAUACAAACGGGACUCUGACAUCUUUAUUCCGUAUGGAUACCUCUAUCCCAAAACGAGAGCCGGAAGGAGGGUAGUACUACCCGCCAAAAAUAAAUUGGUAGUUUGGGUCAUCAGCAACUGGAAUGAGGAGCAUUACCGGGUUAAAUAUUACCACCAACUCAGUCAAUAUGUUCACAUCGAUGUUUAUGGAAAAUAUCACAGUGAUCUACAGAAUAACAACGUUGUUCAGACUGUAUCACGUUAUAAAUUUUAUCUGGCUUUCGAAAAUUCGCAGCACGUGGACUACAUAACUGAAAAGCUCUGGAGAAAUGCCCUAAUGUCUGGUACCGUGCCGAUAGUUCUAGGGCCUAGCAGAGCCAAUUAUGAACAGUAUAUUCCACCCGAUUCUUUUAUCCAUGUAAAUGAUUUCUCGAAUCCUAAAAAGCUGGCUGAGUAUUUGUUAUUUUUGGAUAAAAAUGAAAGUUGCUAUCAGAAGUAUUUCGAUUGGAAAAGGUUAUAUAGCGUGCAUCUGGCAAUUUUUUGGGAGGAGCCCUACUGCAAAGUAUGUCAGGCAGUCAAAAGUGCCAAGGCAAACUAUAAUACCAUUUCAAAUCUGGCCAGUUGGUUCCAAUGACUAAAGUAGUAGCCUCUAUGUUUCUGCAAUAAGAAAAUCAAGAAAUGAAAGCAUUCUUCAUGAUAUUUUCAUGUUGUAUAAUCUGCUAAAUUGUGGAAUCUACAUUCAACUAUACUUUCAGAUAUAAUGUUAUGCGUGACAUUGCUGCAAGAACCAUGAUUUUAAAAACAAUAAGUUGAAAAUGGGGUGGCACAGUGGUUAGCACUGCUGCCUCACAGCAGGUUUGAUU